AUGGGGCCCCCACAGCUUGUCCGUGCCCCUCGGCCUCGGGGCAUGAGUUCUCCUUACCCAAGGCCAGGUAUAGGUGGGCCCCGGAGCCGGUGUCCCAGGAUGUUCAAGUGUAGCCGCAGAACAUACCGGCAGAAACCCCGAGCCCCAGCUGCCACCAACCUUGCCACUAUGACCACAAACAUCAGUGACAGCAACAAUACUACCACCAGUGUGUGGAUCCUCUCACCACAAGUUCUCAGACACCUCUGUCAACCUGGGGGCUUUCUAAUCCUUUAG